AAGCUCAGUAUUCAUGGGUCAGCCCACCCUUUUCCUUUCCUCUAACCUUCCCUCAUUCAAGUUCAUUCGUUCAUUAUUUUCGCCAAUGAAAAGGCAGAUAACAACCUUGUUUUUCAUCAAUUAAUUGAGUGUCGAGCUAGAUACAGGUCUAUAAUUGACCUUCAUCCACAACAGCACAGUAUAUAAGUAGAAUGUUUAUAAAGCCCACGAACCUCCCCGGCGAGUGCCCUGCGCCAGGACAAUGCAAGCCGAGCUUAAUAUCGGCAGCCGCGGUUAAGUUGGGAUUUUAGCUUUCCAUGACACUGGCUGCGGUGUGAAUACCGCGGAAUCCACUCUGAAGGCGCCUCAUCACGAAUCCCGCCGCUUGAGCAUCCCUCGGAAGCCCCCCUCCCCCUCCCCCGGCCAUGAGCGUCGACGCCAAGCUUGCCCCCGCGGCCAUGGCCUCCUGCCUCCCCGACGACCGCCGCCACAGCUACACCGACUUCGAGAUCGAGAACAGCCAGCGCGUGGCCCGGCCGCAGGUCACCUCUCAGAACGGCCUCGCCUCGCUUCCUCCGGACUCGGACAUCCCCAAGGGCGUGAACCUGCGGCGCGCCAAGUCUCUGCGCGACAGCCGGAAGGAGGUCCGCCCGAAGCGGUACUCGGUCAACUUCGACCUCCCUGUCCGCGGCCGCAGCUACGACGCCGACAUCGACAUCUCGGCGUUGAGCGGGCCGCAGGCGCCGCCGAAGCCCCCGCGCGCCAACAUCCCGGAGGAGGACGAGGACGAGGACGAGGUGCGGGAGCCCAGGCACAGCAGCGCCUUCAACAGCGUCGCUCUCAGGAAGAGCCUCGCCGACGGCCUCGAGAAGGUGCGGCGGUUAAGCGGCAUUGAGAGCGACCCCUCGAGGGCGAGCGAAAGGAGGACCUCGAGGGAGAACGGCGCCUACGUCAAGUACCGCAACGAAGACGGCGACUGGCAGCAGCACAAGGUGCGCCGCGUGUCGCAGUUCGAGGCCUGCGACUUCACCUUCAAGGUGAUGCUGAUCGGUGACUCAUGCGUGGGGAAGACCUGCAUUCUCACCAGGUUCAAAGACGGAACGUUUCUGUCCGGCUCUUUUAUCUCCACCAUCGGCAUUGACUUCAGGAAUAAAGUGGUGACCGUGGACGGGUCAAAGGUCAAGCUGCAGAUCUGGGACACGGCAGGUCAGGAGAGGUUCAGGAGCGUGACCCACGCCUACUACAGGGACGCUCACGCUCUCCUCCUCCUGUAUGACGUGAUGAGCAAGACCAGCUUCGACAACACGAGGGCGUGGCUUGGGGAGGUGGCCUUUGUCAAUGCAGGUCUUUCCUCGACGCAAGGCAGAGAUGGAGAGAGAGUUCCUCGCCUAGAGCAGGUCGCUUUAGAUUUUCCGAACCAUGGCUGGGAGAGUUGUUCUUAUAAUCGGAGCGAGAGUGUGCAUUUGACCUUCCUGAUAUGUCAUCCAAUAUCUUUAUUGCCUCCUUACUUCCGCCCGAUAGCAUUACAUGAGCACCUUAUAUGCCGUACCCUUAUUCCUCUGUUCGGAGUCCGUUAA